AUGUGGUUAGCGUUAGGUAGGAAGGGUUUCCACUGUGACUCUUCAAAUAAAAAGAAUUCUGUGUCGCACAGUGCACAGCUGGCUGGACACAGCUGGCUGGACUGCUCCGUCAUGAUCGCGUGCGACGGGUGCGCCGACUGGUUCCACCCGGCUUGCGUCGGCAUGACCAUUAAGCAGGCCGCCGCACUAGAUUCCUACGUGUGCGGCCAGUGCAAGCUGUGA